GUCGCCCUCAUUUCAAUCAUUUUGUUGAGCUUGCGUUUUGUUAAAACAUUUGUGUUGAAAUUUUCCAAGUGAAUUUCAAUUAAACUAUUAGUAAUAAAAUAAAAUGAAUAUUUUAUCUGAUUCCGAAAGCUCAGAUUCAGAUACAGGAAGAAGAUAUAAAACCGAGUCAACGAGAGCAAAAGAAUUUUUUUUCAAAGAGAUGCGUUGUGAAAACACCGCAAACAAAAAUGUGAGGAAUAAUAGAAAAUGCGAAAAACGUGAAUUAUUUGUUAGCUUGAACAAAAAUCAGACAUCAAAAAGGCAGAAACAAUAUGAAAACCGUACCAAAGAGAGUGAGAAAAUCAAAGAUGGAAAUCGAUUUUUACAUAAAAAUAAUUCAUUAAAAAAUGAUGACCAUCAAACUAAGAAAACACAUGAUGAACGGGAUCGUAAAUUUAGAAGUGAUUCUGAAACUUAUGAGGAAGUUAGAUCAAGAGAAUCAUUAUCGAACGACAACGAACAUGGUCCAUCACUACCUCCACACAUGUUGAAAAUUAAUCAAGAUACCCAUUUUUCUGAUAUUAAGACCAAAGAGUCCCAGGAAAAAAUAUAUGGUCCAUCUUUACCUUCACAUUACUUCGAUAAAGGAUACUCAUCAAAAAGAUAUAAUAAUGUUACAACAAAAGAUAAUGAAUUAUCUGAAAGUGAUGAUGAAUUAAUUGGUCCAGUUCCAAACUGUUUCCUGGAUAAAAAUGACUCGCAAUUGCAACAGCGUGCGCUUGAGCUGAAGCUGUCAAAACUGAAUAGUUCAUCAAAAAAAGACUCUGAUAAUAAAAUACGAGAUAUAUGGAUGACCGAGCUUCCAGAACUACGUAGGGUAAACGAUCUUCAAAAUCGACAAUUCAAAACUAAAGAUUAUGAUAACAACAAAGAUCGAUCGAUAUGGACUGAUACUCCAUCUGAUCGAAAAAAAAAGUUCAACGAAAAAACCCAUUAUGAUUUGAAAAAAAUGGAUCGUGAAAAAAUGGAAAAGGUAAUAAGUCAUCAGAGAGACUAUGAACAAGAAGCGAUAGCGAAGAAACAUAAACGAGAUGAAUCACUGUUAGAUAUACAUCAGAAAAAUAUAAAGAAAAAGAUUAAAUCAUUGAAAAACAUCGAACCUGUAGAGCGUCGUCCAUUUUCAAGAGAUUCAGACCUUAAAGUAAACCGCUUUGAUGAAUCAUUGAAAAAAACCGUCUUAAAAAAGGCUCAAUUGCUUGAUACGAGAUUCAAUAGUGGUCAAACCAAAUAUUUGUAACAAAAUUAAACACCCUUUAACCAGCAAUCAUUUUUAAUAAAGAAUUACAGAUCCAUUUCAGUUGGAAUAAAAAAUUAAAUAGAAGUAAAAAUAAAUUAUUAUCUGGUCCUAUUGAA